AUGUCUGGUAAUGGAGCCUUUAUACCAGAAUCAGUCGUGAAACCAACCCAUCUUUCACAGAUAUUAGAGGAACAAAUGAAAGAUAGUCAGUGUGAUCGAUUCAAGCAAAGAAUGGAGUUUGGCAAAGCAGUAAACUUCAGUAUAAGAAAAGAUGUCGAGUUAAGGUUCAAGAACAUAAUGUUUGUACCAACGGAAAAUGAGUUGCGAAAAAAUUUUCUUAAGGAAGCUCAUCAAAGACCUUAUUUACUACACCCUGAAAGCAUCAAAAUGUAUAAAGAUCUGAAGGGCUCUUAUUGGUGGGCUUGCAUGAAAAGGGAAAUUGUUGAGUAUGCCUCAACUUAUUUGACGUGUCAAAGGAUUAAGGAUGAACACGAAGCUCCUUCCGACAAACUGUAUCCUUUGGAAAUUCCAUAA